AUGUCAGCCAGAAAGGGCUAUCUUCAUCCUCCGUCAAAUUCUACCACGACGAUGUCAUGCCCCAACAACCAAGCUGGAAAUUCCUUUUUCGUGGACUCCCUAAUCAACGUGAGAACCGACAGUGGUUCAUAUUACCAGAGUAACAGCGUGUAUUUGCCACCAGCGUCGGAAUAUUCAUAUGGACUCUCCGGUGGCUCUUGUUUCCCGGGGAUCGGUAAGCGCAACGAGCCAACGACCCAGAGCGUGAUCCCGUCUUCUGCUCCGUAUGUUCAAGGGAUGGAAACGUGGCUGGAAACGUCGAGAUCCUGCCGGGUAGAUCAGCCCAGUGGCCAGCAUAUGGCUCAGUGUUCAUUCUCACCGAGCAUAAAGGAGGAGAGCGCAUAUUGCCUUUAUGAGUCAGACAAAUGUCCUAAAGGAGCGACUGUAGAUGACAUAUCCUACUCGGCUGCAUCAUGCCCCGUUACCGGCAGCACCGUGCCGGUCCCCGGCUACUUUCGCCUGUCUCAGACAUACGCGUCCUCCAGGCUUUAUCACGAUGUGCAGCCAAACAUGAAUCACUUUACUCUGCAGCGACCUGUCCGCCUGGAUAGCCAGCCCUCCCAGCCGCCGGCUGCCUCUGCGGAGCCGGAGCACAGGGAGAGCCACGAGGAGGCGCCUGUCCCUGAGCCCUGCGCCCCGGCCAGAGACGAGGACAGCCGCCUGUCCUCGGAGAGCUCAUCCUCCCCUGAACCCGCUGAGACGUGCAGUACGGAGUGCCCAGAAAAGCCCGGAAAAGGAGAUGGAAAAAUGGAAAGUACGGCUAACUGGCUCACAGCUAAGAGUGGUCGAAAGAAGCGCUGCCCCUACACCAAGCACCAGACUCUGGAGCUGGAGAAGGAGUUUCUCUUCAACAUGUACUUGACUAGGGAGCGUCGUCUGGAGAUCAGCCGCAGUGUGCACCUCACUGACAGGCAAGUCAAAAUCUGGUUCCAAAACAGGAGGAUGAAACUGAAAAAAAUGAGCCGGGAGAAUAGGAUCCGAGAGCUCUCCAGCAACUUCAGUUUCUCAUGAGACUGUCUGCGUCUCUGGCGCCCUCCUCCAUCCAUGGCAAGGACGCCUGUGCAGAGCCCCCACCCAACUGUGAGAAUGUCCAUGGAAAACAGGACCCUACUGCUAACUUAUUGAUUGUUGUUCUUUCGAGAGAAAAAAUCUUGUUUUCACGUCUGGUUUAUUUUGUCGUGGAUUUGUAUUUAUAAAUGGUUACAUUUGUAACGUUGAUCCAUUUCAAACUGUUCAGAAU